AUGCGCCACCCCUCGCCGCCGCCGGAGCUCCCCGCGGCCGGGGGCGAGAUCCAGGCCAUGGCGCCCACCUCGGCCGCGGGCUCCUCCAGCACCGGCGGCAGCGGCGGAGGCUCGUUCACGGCGCUCCUGGGGCUCCCGACCUCCCAGGCCAUAGAGCUCCUGCUCCCCGGCGCGGCGCCGGCGCCCGCGCCCGCCUUCCCCUCCGACCCGCACCUCGUGGACGGCGCCGCCCGCUUCUCCGCCUUCGCGUCGCCGUCCCCGUCCCCGACCCCUCCUCCCCCCGCCUCCGCCGCCAAGCGCAAGGCCGACCCCGCCUCCAAGGGGAAGGUGGCGAAGAAGGGGAAGACGACGGCGGGCGGCGGCGAGGACAAGGACUCGGGCGAGGACGAGAAGCCGGCGUACGUGCACGUGAGGGCCAGGAGGGGCCAGGCCACGGACAGCCACAGCCUCGCCGAGCGGGCGAGACGGGAGAAGAUAAAUGCGAGGAUGGAGCUGCUCAAGGAGCUGGUCCCCGGGUGCAGCAAGGUAUCAGGAACAGCGCUGGUACUGGAGGAGAUCAUCAAUCAUGUUCAAUCCCUUCAAAGACAAGUCGAGGUAACUACUGUUGCCCAUUGUAAGACCUGUUCAAUCAUGAGACUCGCAGCAGUAAACCCAAGGGUUGACUUUGGUGGGCUAGACAACCUUUUGACUACAGAGUGUGGAAGGAUAACAGGUUUAAACUGCAAGAGUGGAAUGGACUUGGAGCAAGUCAGCUGGCCCGACAUGGGCGUCCAUGGAGCGAGAAAUCUUGCGCAGCUACAACAGCAGUUCUGGCAUGGUGAUUUAGCACAUCCACAGCAAGCAGCUUCACCGUGGGAAAAACGGGGGGACGUACAACCUCCUGUCUUUAGCAACACCAGCUCCUCUCUCUUCGGCUACGAUCUCGCAAGCUCUGGACCGCAGCAACCUCCAACAAGCAAGCUAAAAACAGAGUUGUGA